AUGAGUUCAGAUGAAGUUGAAGGUAAUCAAGUUAACAGCAAAGAGAAUGAUUUGUUUUGUAUUUUAAGUAGGGAAUACCUUCCUAAGGAAAGAUGUCUAAUACAGACAUGGAAUAAUGAAAUUAGAAUAAGGAUUCAGUAUGAAUUUACAAACCUUCUUCCUGUAUUAUUUCUUUCCGAAAAUAUUGAAUUAGUUAAAAAAUCUCAGUCUAAUUUACAAAAAAUUGUAUUUGAACUGCUUACAAGUGUAUUAUUUUAUUUGGAUAUUCCUUAUAUUACAGCUAUUGAAUUUCUUGAGAACUGUUCUAUUGUAUCUUAUUUAAAAGUAUGCAAAAUUUUAGGUUACAAUUUCAUUGGAAAGGAUGAACUUGACGUUCGUGAAAUACCGACUGAUUCUCUUAAAGAAGAAUUUAAUUUCUUCAUUUCUGACCCAAGUAAAGCUAUCGAAAGUAACUUACCACAUUUUGGUUCUUUUAUUGAAUAUCACAUCACACCCUUAAUUAUGGAUUCAGUGUGGCUUAUUCAAAUGAGUUUACGUGAUAAUGAAUCUAACAAAAAUUCAGUCUGGGUGGAAUUUAUGGCUAGACUUUGUAGAGGAAAUAUUACUUCAAAAGAAAGGCCACUUCCAUCCAUUCCAAAGAGUGUGAAACUCAUUAGUAUUAAAGAUAUUGUUUCAUAUCUUGAUCUUGGAAAAUCGGAUAAUAUGAAAAUCACAGAAUCGUUAAUUUCUUCUAAAUUCAAGCUUCAGCAAAAGUAUGUUAGGGAUAGGACAAGAUUAUGUUUUACUGUAGAUUCGUUCACAACUCAAAAAGAGUGUUUAAGUGGGUUUUCUAUUUUGGGAGUAUUCAUUAAAUAUUUAUUCGAUCAGAUUAAUUUGUUUUCGAAACUAAGUAUCGAUGAGUUUAUUUCUAAAAUAACUUUUGAGAAAAAUUGUCCCAUUAAUCCAGUAGGCGUAUAUUCCGAAAACAAAUUCUCGGAAAAUAUGAUUAUUGAAUGCAAUCAUUAUACUGGUGCAUGCCAUUCAAACUAUUUGAUAAGAUCUAUUUGGAGUAUUAUUUUGAGAUUUGAUCUCUCAAUACAAAGAAGUAUCGGAUUGAUUUUUGAAGUUUUUAUUUCAAUAACUUCAAAGCGCUUUAACACAGAUAAAAACUUUAAUUAUCCAGAUACUAGAAUAUUUAAUCUACUAGAAAAACUAUUGGCUAUUUUCCCAAAAAAUAUUGUUAAGAAGUCAUUCAUUAUUUUUGUUGAGCAUGUUUCUGUUAUUUGUAAGUCAUACAAGGGGCCUAAAAUUUCGGAAAAUAUAAAUACAAUUCACAUCGGAAGUGAUACUUACAAAGCAAACCCAUGGAUUAUUACUGACAAAAAAGUACUUAAAGAAGUUCUCGGAUUACCGUUCUUUAUUCUUACUUCAUUUUUGAUUAAAAAAGGAUUUUUUGAGCUAAGUAACUAUUUUAGAGAGAAGCUAAUAGAAUGGGAUGAAAUUUUUUGGUCCGAGUUUAUUACUGGCCAAAAUUCAUCAAAGGAAACAAAUGAUUCUUCGAAUUUAUUUGAUAGCCAGAAAUAUUUUUUCCCUCCGAAAACACUGGAAAUUAUUAAUAAUAUCCACAAAUAUUACCACCUAUAUUUUAAUUCACAAUUAAAUCAAUUCGAUGAGUUUGAAAAGGAUUUGAACUUGGAAUUAUUAUUAAAAGAAAUUUUAAAAAAUGAAAGAAUAAAUGAAGAAAUCAAUUUUUCAAAUAUUUCAGUUAUUCUUUCAGAGUUAAUACUCGCUCCAUCAGUAUUAUUUGCAAAUGCAUUUUUUGCUGAUUUUUUUCUCGAAGAAUUUUUGGUAAAUGAAAAUGAAGAGAUAUACUACGUUUCUAAAAUAUCUAGGAAUUCUGAAAUUAUUCAAGAAAUAACUGACUUUACAAGUAUGCCAUUCAGCAUUAUUGGUUUAUCAAGCAAUAUACUAAAAAUAAAAAUAGAAGUAAUUAUUAAUGAAAUUAAAAACAAAGUUAGAGAUAAUGAAAAAUCACCGCACCUCCUGAUAUUACAUUAUAAAGGAUUCUGUUUACUGGUUGAAUGGAUUCGAAAAUACUGUAAAUACUAUUUAUUCCAAAAGCAUCCAAGUUGUAUUCCUAUUUUUCUUGAGUUGCUUUGGUUGUUCAUAAAAGAUUUUAACAAGGGAAAACUAUCAGAAUUGUUUGAAUCAAAAGAAUUGAAUUUAAUAAAUGGGUAUAAAGAUCCACCUGAGCUAUUGUUUGAAGUUUCAUCUUCCAUUAUUUUCCCUGCAAUUUCACUUCUACCCAGAAGCCCCUCAAUUCCCGAAAUGCUGAAAAACUCAAUAUUCAGUGAGAUAGAUAUAAAAUACAGAUAUCAAAUUUACAGAAGGUUAAUAGCAUUCAGUUACAAUAGAUACCCUAUGAAUCACCAAUGGAUUAGCGUGAAAAAAAUGCUUUCAAAGUAUUUAAAGGGUGUUACUAAAGAUAUUAUAAUUGGUAAACAUGAUAAUAAGCAUUCGAGCAAUACAAAAAGAAGACCACCUAUUCAAAUUAGGCUAUUAAUAUCUAAUAUUAUUGCCUUAUGCUAUACAAAUCCCCUUGUAGUUUGUGAUACAAUUAUUAAUCAAUGUAACAACUAUGAUAAUAUGAUACCUCUUUUAAUUGAGAUACUUGGAAACAAUAUCGAUGAAAUAUGUUUUGAUGUAAUGAUAUUUACAAUCAUAAAUUUUAUACUUUCAAGACCAACCUACAUUAUUGAUUGCAGAUCAAAUAAUAGUGAUUUAAAUUGUUCGAGAUUUGGAAACCGUGGAAUUGCAAAGUUUACUGCUUUGCUACUUACAAAAAGGAAAAUACCAAGAGAUAUUUUAAAGAAUUUUUUGCAGACUAUUAUUUAUCGUAUAGAUGAAACUUUUUAUGGCAAGGAAUACACCAUUAAAAUUCAAAACAAUUUCUUAGACUUGUGUUUUUGGAAACAACUGUUAGAAAUUGUAUUUUCAACUCCAAUACUUGAUUUGUCAGUAUUGACUGGAAAACAAAUUCAAAGUUUAGCGGGAGGUCCACUUUUGUUUCAAAUCUUUCUUUCUCAGCAUGAAGAAGAUCAUUUUGGAGAGUCCAACGAGAACUCCCUUUUUAGUUCUUUAUUAGAUAAUAAUUCUCAUGCAAAACAAAAUAGUGAUUUAUUUGUUUCUAUCUUGAAAAAUGGAGAGAUUCAAAGUAAAGAGGUUCUCUUUAGAAUCGCAAAACUCAGAUAUGAAAUAUUAUGGGAUACUCCAAGUAAUUUGAACAUGGAUAUUAAACUUUUAAUUAAUCUUUCUGACGAAAUACAUUGGUGUUGCAUACAAACAAUUGAAUUCUUAAAAAGAUCAUUCGAUCCUGAACUAUAUAGAAACUUUAUCUUGAAUAUUUCAGACUCUAAAUACAGUUUUAAAGAUAUUAUAAAUCAGACGUUUUUAUACUUAGAUAUACCUACUGGGUGGUCUUUUCUUAGACAUGGGAUUAGGAAAUUCAAUAUUAGUCAAGUUGAUAAAGAGACUUCAAUACCACAAAAAGGGUUUUUAGAUAUUGAUCAAGAAGCAAUGGACUGUAUAAAGUAUUAUUUUUUGAAGGAAAAUGAUCAAAACUUUUUGAAUAAUGAAGCUUGCAUGGAUUUUUAUAUCUUAUUUUGGUACCUUGAUUUAUGCGAUAUUUCUCUUCCUUUUAAACAUUAUUCAGAAAAGUUAUUCGAAUUGUACACUGAAAUAUUGUACUGCAAAGAAAAUAUAGAUAAAAUUUUAGUGCAAAAUGUUGUUGAUUAUAAGAUAGAUACUUUUAUUGAGAAAUGUAAAAUGGAAUCUUUCUUAAACCCAAAUAAUGUUAAACUUUUACCAAGUUAUAUUAAAAACAAAAAUCACUUACCGAGGCAAGUUAGAGAAGCAAUUAAACCGUUAGAAAAGAAGCUCAGAAGGCUUUACAGUUUCUACAAUGCGUUGGCUACGGAAUAUAUUAAGCUUUCCAAAAGAAGUAAUCUUAUUAAUCAAUUCUUGGAUUCUGACUGUGGAAUUAGAAGAUUUAGAAAAGAAUUAAAUGAAUAUUUAAUAGGUGAGGACGUUUUUGGUGAUAAUUAUCAACAAAAAAUUCAGUCCUUUAUGGUUUGGAUUUGCAAGGAUUUUAUUGCACCUAGAGUAAUUCAUUCCGAAACUGAUGCAUUGUUCACAUAUUUUUGGAUCGAAAAAUUCAUUCUUGACGAAGAAAAAGGUAUCUUUUCUUCAAAAAAGCAUUUAAUAGAGUCAUUUCUUAUAUUAAUAUCAAAACAUGUUUCUUACCUAAUAAGGUCAUCAACUCCACGUGAGUCUCAAUUACUAGGUUUAUUUUUUAAAGAGAUAUUCUCAUACAUUAAAAAAUUCAUUUCUAAAAUAAGUUCGGUCACAAAUAUUAGUAAUCAACAAGAAGAAAGAAUGCCCAAUGUUUUAUCAAACAUUACAAAAAAUGAUUUUGAUGAGUCAGAUUUUGAAAAUAAUCUAAGUAGACAGAAUUCAAACAAUAUCUUAGAUAAUGAUUUAAUUACGGAAGAUACAAAAUACAGUAAAAUGACCGAAAAUAUCAAUUUCGACAGUUCAAAAAUAAUUGAAAAAAAAAUUUUUGAAAGUUUUGACCAAGAAAUAAAUCCAAAUAAGGAAACAUUACAAGAAAUGAAAUAUGGAUCAUCUCCAUAUGAAUCCGAUAAUAUCGACCUAUUGGAGAAAGAAAAAAAUGAAAAUAUUGUUAAGUUAGAAUGUGAAGAGGUAAUUAAAGGAGAUAGUAACAAUGGAAUGGAAAGUUUAUCACAAAAAAUUCCCGAUUUAAGAUUGAAAGGUUUUCUCUACGAAUGUGAGAAGAACGUCAUGAUUUCUUUAUCUUUUGGAUUAGGAUUACUAUCGGAAAGAUCAUCAGAAACUCUCCCGGAAUGGACGCAUACUUUGAGUAGCGUUUGGAUGUUAUCCAGAUUUUAUGAGUCAUUUCCCAUAUCAGCAAUUACAGGUGAAUAUUUACUCAGGAAACUGCCAAAUAUUCUCGAAUAUGCAACUAAAAGGCACUGGAACGACCUAAAUUUAUCAAUAACGUCUUUGAUUUUGAAAUUAAAACAAUGCAAAGCAAGUUGGAUAUGGAAUAGUAAUGCAGACCAAUAUUCAAAGCAAGACGACUCCACUUCUUUUAAUUCAAAAAUGUCAACCGAAUCUUCAAAAAAGAACGUUCCAAGCUCUUUGAAUCUAUAUUCAGCAAUACCUGGUUCAAAGAACUACAAUGAAAAAAUUAAAAAUAAUUCAAUGCGUUCAGAAUUUAAAAGACAAAGAUUAAAUAUGAAUGAUAAUAGCUAUUCAUAUAAAACUAGCUAUUCUAAUUCCACAAAUUCAAAUAAAAGAGAAGAGCAUCGAAAAAAACAAAUUUAA